GUUUCUCAAUGUGGAAAGGAUGUAAUGCACUCGCGAGUCGGUCGGGUCUUGAAGGACGACAAGGGAGGUCCCCGGUCACAUUCGCGAAGGUGGACCUCCUUUUCAAAAGCAACUCUGGAUUGUGAAAUUCCAGGGGAUUCUCCAUUUCAAUUCACCGAAAUUCAAUCCACGACGAGGAGAAUAAGGAAGAAUGGCAAGGAUAUGGUCUAUGCAGUAUUCGCUACAAACAGGAACAGUCUGGCUGCUUCUGCAAUCUGUGCCUACUCUUUCGACGAUAUCAGGAAGGCUUUCAAUGGACCCUUCAUGGGUAAAUACAGUCCGAAGUCAGAAUGGAUCAAAGUUUCCGACUACGAGGUGCCGAAUCCCCGACCUGGUAGCACUCUGGUCAAAGAAAGUAGGCAAAUAUCCGAAGCCGCUGUCAAUUUUAUCAUGAUGUAUCCAUUCAUGUAUGAUCACGUUCAGCCAAUCUAUCAACAGCCCAUCUUCGUCUUUUCUCAAGACAAAAAUAAUGCUCGAUUGAGCCGAAUCGUCGUCGAUGAGGAUAUUACAGGAGUGGAUGGGAGCACCCAUGAUGUCAUCUUCAUGGGAACAGAUGACGGAAGAGUGCUGAAAGUAAUCUAUAAUGAAGAUGACGCAGCAGAGAAAGUGAACGCAGUCGUAUUAGAGGACUUGGAAGUACUGGGUAAUGCAAAAAGGGUGGUAAAUAUGUAUCGCUAUCGAGAAGAGGGGAAACCUGCAAAGAUCGUUGUCAUUGGAGACGAACAGAUCAAGGCCUUGCCUGUUCAUCGCUGCAAUCUCGUCAAGUCCUGCAGGGACUGUGUGAAACUUCAAGACCCUUACUGUGCAUGGGACACGAUGGGCAAAGAUCAUUGCUUUAAUGUGGACAGUGGAAGCUAUGAAAACAAACACUCUUGCUACGUCCAAGAUGUCCGUUCUGGCAAAAGCUCCCUGUGCCCACAAUUAAUAUCGCAUUUAGGGGAUGAGGAUGGGAGCAAUGGAACAAUGCUUAGUGGCAUCUCAGGGGAUUCCCUGCAGGCAAACGGACUCCAACGUUAUCCUACCGUCCCAUUCAGACGAUUCAGUCGCUUCAUAUAUGGGGAGACAAGUGUUAAAGAUAAGGCGCACUCUAGAGGACACAUCACUGCCACCACUGACAAGAAGAUCAGGAAAGUGGAGGAACGAUAG